AUGCCUCCUGAGGACGACUGCGCCGUGGUGACUCAAGGUGUUGUGAGAGUUUCAUCGAGACCCAAAAGGUCAAGGACAGCUUUAGGGAGCUCACGUGGUGGGUUGGCGAGUAAAGGUGGCCGUUCCAAUGACAACGGAGUGCCCGUGUCUUCAUCGACUGCUACUUUGAGUAGAAGGGAGAUGGCUAGGAUGGGGGAUCUGGCUGUGGAUAAAGUGGCAGCAUUGGCAGAAAAAGGGAAUGUGGUAGAGGAUAAAAGGGGAAAAUCGAAGCAAGGUGGCGGUCAGACCUCGAGGGGAGUUAAGAAGGCAGCGUCUGCUAGAGCAUUGCAAAAAUUUUUGCUUGACCUCACUCCAGAGGUGGUCUGCAUAGCGGAACCCAUGGUGGACUCUCUAUCCUUCCCUUAUGCCCUUUUUGUUCACCUUGGCUUCAGGGCAGAAUUAAUUCAUAAUUCUCGUCGCGAUAAGGUUCCUAAUCUUUGGAUUAUUUGGAAAAAUUCCUUAAGGCGCCCGGUGGUCGUUCAGUCCUCGGAGCAGCUGAUCUCAGUCUCUCUGGAAUGUAAUGGUCAGAUGGUGUUGGUGUCUAUGAUUCAUGCCUCUUGCUUUAGGGCUGAGCGUCAGAAUUUAUGGAUGGAUUUGGUUGCAUUAGCCUCCUCCUCCCUUCCAUGGGCAAUCAUUGGUGACUUUAAUGCCACGCUCUACUCCCAUGAGAAGCGGGGUCUAGGUAGAUUUAAUGUGGGUGCGGCGACGGAGCUUCAGGUGAUGGUGGAUGCAUGUGAAUUGAUCAAAACCCCUUCUCAGGGACCUAAAUUCACUUGGAUGAAUAAUAGACGUACAGGUCAUGUGGCAGCAGUGCUCGAUCGAAGUUUCUUCAAUGCUCGUUGGUUAGAUGUUUUUGGUGAUUGCAGCAACAAGUCCUCCAUCGGGGUGGCAAGACAAACAUUUCCAAAUGUUGAUUUGGCCCACAAGGAAGCUACUGAUGUGGUGGUGGAGGUGCAGCAGUCCAUUGACCAAGUUGGUAUGAUGGAUGAAUUGUUUUCUAAGGAAGCAGAGGCAAAAACAAAGCUCUUGAAAGCUGUGGAAUUACAUGAGAAACUUUGGGCAAAGAAAGCCCGCUGUAAGUGGGAUAAAUUAGGUGACAGAAAUUCAAAGUUUUUCCAUUUAUCAGUGAAGGUGCGACGUGCCAAAAAUUGUAUUCGAUCGCUGAAGAAACAAGAUGGAUCGAUGGUUUCAGAGCAGGGUCAGUUGGCAGAAUAUAUCUCAAAUUAUUUUCAGGACUUCCAUAAGGCCGAUCAAUGUGAAACUUAUUCGGAACUACUUCAGGUCAUCCCCCAGGAGGUGAAUAGAGAAGACUCAUUGGCUUUAGAAGUUUUCCCUGAGAUGGACGAAAUAAAGAGGGUGGUUUGGAGUUUGGAUCUAGAGAGCUCACCGGGCCUUGAUGGUUUCCCUGGAGCCUUCUUUAAGAAGUGUUGGGAAAUUGUCGACGUCGAUUUUUGUGAGGCUAUGCAUGCCUUUUUCAGAGGUGGUAAGCUUCCCAAUGGGGUGAACAAUAGUUGGGUGACUUUAAUCCCGAAGGUGGAAGGGGCAGGAACCUUGGAUAAGAUUCGCCCCAUCUGUAUGGCAAACUUCUUUUGUAAGGUGCUGUCAAAAAUAAUGGCUGAGCGACUUUCCUGUCUCCUCCCUCGCUUGGUGUCGGAAGAACAAGGGGUGUUCCAAAGGGGUAAGAUAAUUUGA